AUGUUAAAAUCUUCCGUUUCAAAGGCGUCUUUGAGGGUCUGUCGUCACUUCCACAGAGAGUCUAUUCCUUACGAUAAGACGAUCAAGAACUUACUGCUUCCCAAGGACACAAAGGUAAUUUUCCAGGGUUUCACAGGUAAGCAAGGUACCUUUCAUGCCAGUAUCUCUCAGGAAUACGGUACGAAUGUUGUUGGUGGUACGAACCCAAAGAAGGCGGGUCAGACACAUUUAGGCCAACCUGUUUUCGCCUCUGUAAAGGACGCAAUUAAGGAAACUGGCGCUACUGCAAGUGCAAUUUUUGUUCCUCCACCAAUUGCAGCUGCUGCCAUCAAAGAAUCUAUUGAAGCUGAAAUUCCUUUGGCUGUAUGUAUCACAGAAGGUAUUCCCCAACAUGAUAUGUUAUAUAUUGCAGAAAUGUUACAAACACAAGAUAAAACAAGAUUAGUUGGGCCCAAUUGUCCUGGUAUUAUCAAUCCAGCAACAAAAGUGAGAAUUGGUAUCCAACCUCCAAGAAUUUUCCAAGCUGGUAAGAUCGGUAUUAUUUCCAGAUCGGGAACUCUAACGUAUGAAGCUGUUCAACAAACAACUAAAACUAAUCUUGGCCAAUCUUUAGUUGUCGGUAUGGGUGGUGAUGCGUUCCCUGGUACUGAUUUCAUUGAUGCCCUGAAGUUAUUUCUAGAAGAUGAAACCACAGAAGGUAUUAUUAUGUUGGGUGAAAUAGGUGGUAAAGCCGAAAUCGAGGCAGCUCAAUUUUUGAAAGAAUACAACUUUAGCAGAAGCAAUCCUAUGCCAGUGGCAUCUUUUAUUGCCGGAACUGUUGCCGGUCAAAUGAAAGGUGUUAGAAUGGGUCAUUCAGGUGCCAUUGUAGAAGGAUCCGGUACUGAUGCCGAAUCUAAAAAACAAGCCUUAAGGGAUGUUGGAGUUGCCGUCGUCGAAUCUCCAGGAUACUUAGGUCAAGCUUUACUAGAUCAAUUUGCCAAAUAUAAAUGA